GCAGCGGCCACCCGUUACUUCACGCCUCCGCCUCCUCGUCCGGUAGGCUGCUGCAGGGGUCAGGCGACCGCCGUUAUUCACGAUGUCCACCUCCUCCCCAGCUGUCACGUCGUCCCCAACUGCGCCAGCAACAAGCUCGGCAUCGCACAAGCCCAACCAGUCUAUGGGCCCCGUGCUCUGCCCUUUCUGUGACAAGGAAUUGCCAGAGAGCCUGAUCUGCCCAGCAAGAGCCCCACCAGAGGUCAAUGGGUCAGCUUCGGAUGCUGACGUGUCGACGUCCGCGCUCAUGAACUCGGAGGGCGAUGCGGACCGAGCAGAUACCAUGGCGUCCAAAGCUGCGAUCAGCGAUGACGAUAUUCAACGCUGGUCACUUGUGGCCGGCGUGACGGUUGCCGCCCCAUCAAAGCCUGCGCCCCUUGCUAUGUCCGCAGUCAGCGAUGACGCCAAGCCAGUGCCCCUGUUACCACCACCACCACCGGCAAGAGCAUCCCCUAAGCCUACCAAAACGCGCUUUGGGUUCUUCGCCAAGAAUAAGUCUGUGGCAUCAGCGGCCGAGGACGAGGACAGUGAUUCAGACGGUAUCAUCUCCGGAUACGCACGAUUAGGCGCCCCUGGCUCCGAUGAGGAGGGCGAUGAUGACUACGAAAGUGACAAGGAGAUUUCGUUCAAGCCUCGACCUCGAAAUGUGACGCAGUCGGAGAGUGCGCCUUCGCGGCCCGAAACCCCAGCUCUGGCUCCUCCAAUCGCCCUCAAAGAAAGCACCGGUGCUGGAGAUGCAGAGCUCAAGUCCGUGCUGCGCGAGGUGCUGAGCCGCGUGCAUGCAUUGGUGAGCACAUCCCACGGGCCAGCUGACCGCAGUCCCAAUCGCAUGCCGAGUUGCAGUCGUCACACACGACGUUGCUCACAUCGCUCAAGAUCGCGCGCUCAAACCUCGUGAUGGCUGAAGCCAACACCGAGAUGCUAGAGGCCGAAUUACGGCGGGCAAAGGCCACUGCGGCCAACGCCGCUCGGACCAGCACGCCCCUGGCUAGAUCUUCGGGUGACGCCGCACGGCCCUCGAUCGACACCAGAGCCUC